CAAACAACAACGCUACCAAACUCCCUCGGAAGGUAAAACCGUCUCAAGAGAAGUUUGAUAACACUGUUGUUUGUGCUGUAUAGGGUGGAGAUGAUAGCAACAUAAACUCAUAGGUGUUUGUCACUGAUGAUAAUCUGGAGCAGACUGGCAGAGCAAGAAAACACCACUGUGAAGAAUAACGGCAAUAUGAACCCCGAGCAGAUCCCAAGCAAGGUGUUUAAUGAUCCCAUCCACGGGCAUAUGGAGUUACACCCACUUCUUGUCAAAAUCAUUGACACGCCUCAGUUCCAGAGACUACGGAAUAUCAAGCAGCUCGGAGGGGCCUACUUUGUUUACCCUGGAGCAUCCCACAACCGCUUUGAACACUCGAUUGGGGUGGCGCAUUUAGCAGGACAGCUUGGACAAGCUCUGAAAACCAAGCAGCCAGGUCUCAACAUCACUAACAGAGACAUCCUCUGCGUACAGAUUGCUGGUCUUUGUCAUGAUCUCGGACAUGGGCCAUUUUCCCAUCUGUUUGAUGCAAUGUUCAUCCCUAGAGCACGUCCAGACAUGAGGGAGUGGAAGCAUGAAACUGCUUCUCUGGCCAUGUUUGACCACCUGGUGGAAAGUAAUGGUCUGGAGGUUGUGAUGGAGCAGUAUGGCCUGAUCCCAUCCGAGGAUCUGACCUUCAUCAAGGAGAUGAUUCACACAGACAACAACAAUGACCAGGAGUCUCCACAGUGGCCGUAUGAAGGCCGUACAGAAGACAAAUCCUUCCUCUAUGAAAUCGUGUCCAACAAAGAAAAUGGCAUUGAUGUGGACAAGUUCGACUACUUUGCCAGGGACUGCUACCACCUGGGCGUCCAGAUCAACUUUGACUAUCGUCGCUUCUUAAAGUUUGCUAGGGUGUGUGAGGUGGAUGGCCGGAAGCACAUCUGUGUUAGAGACAAGGAGGAGGAUAAUAUGACUGAAAUGUUCCACACCAGGCUCUGUCUCCACAGAAGAGCCUACCAGCACAAAGUGACCAAGAUCAUAGAGACUAUGAUCACAGAUGCCUUUUUAAAAGCAGACUCAGUAGAGAACAAUGAAUCAACAAUCACUAUCUACAAAGCCAUUGAUGGCAAGACUGAAAGCACAGAAAAGAAGACUUUCAGACUCUCCAAGGCCAUUGAUGACAUGGAGGCCUACACUAAGCUGACAGAUUCUGUGUUUGAACAAAUACUCAACUGUUCAUCUCGCGCACCCCAGGAGCUGAAGGAUGCAAGAGACAUUCUACAGAGGAUCAUCAAUCGAGACCUCUACAGGUUUCUGGGUGAAACGCUGUUUGAGGAUCCCACUGAGGAAAAAAUUCUUGCUUGUAGAAGGAAAUUGGCUGAAGCUCUCGGUGGCGGGCUGACCGAAUAUGACUUUGAGAUUGUGGAAAAAAUACCUACUUGGAAAAGGAAAUUGGUUGAAGCUCUCGAUGACAGGCUGACCGAAGAUGACUUUGAGAUUGUGAAAAAAGGAAAAAAUCCAGGUUGGAAAAAAAAAUUGAUGGAACUUCUUGAUGACGGGUUGAAAGAACAUGACUUUGAGAUUGUGGAAAAAAUUCUUGCUUGUAGAAGGAAAUUGGCUGAAGCUCUCGGUGGCGGGCUGACCGAAUAUGACUUUGAGAUUGUGAAAAAAGGAAAAAAUCCAGGUUGGAAAGAAAGAUUGAUGAAACUUCUUGAUGACAGGUUGAAAGAACAUGACUUUGAGAUUGUGGAAAUAAUUCCUGCUUGGAAAAAGGAAUUGGCUGAAGCUCUCGGUCUGACCGAAGAUGACUUUGUGAUUGUGAAAAAAGGAAAAAAACCUGGUUGGAAAAAUAAAUUGGCUGAAGCUCUCGGGCUGGCCAAAGAUGACUUUGAGAUUGUGGAAAACAUUUCUGCUAGGAAAAAGGAAUUGGCUGAAGCUCUCGGGCUGACCGAAGAUGACUUUGAGAUUGUGAAAAAAGGAAAAAAUCCUGGUUGGAAAGAGGAAUUGAUGAAAGUUCUUCAUAACGGGCUGACCAAAGAUGACUUUGAGAUUGUGAAAAAAGGAAAAACUCCAGGUUGGAAAAAAAAAUUGAUGGAACUUCUUGAUGACGGGUUGAAAGAACAUGACUUUGAGAUUAUGGAAAUAUUUCCUGCUUGGAAAAGGGAAUUGGCUGAAACUCUCGGUGGCGGGCUGACCGAAGAUGACUUUGACAUUACGACCAUUAAAAUGGACUAUGGGAAGAAACGCGAGGACCCCAUUGAUCACUUAUAUUUCUACACCAAGCGUGACACUACCCGCGCAAUCAAGAGGAAGCGUUGUCAGGUGUCCAGGAUUCGCCCAACGUGCUUUUCUGAGCAGCUGGUCAGGUUUGUCUGUAAGAAGGCUGAUCCGAAGGCUGAUCCGAAGACUGACAAGAAAAAGUUUAAAAAGUGGUGCAAGGCAAAGGGCUUUCCAGAGUAUCAGGAAAAUCAAUCUGAGCUUUUGGAAGAUGGACAUCAAAACUGAAAACAAGCAAACACUCCCUGGUACUCAUUGGUUCAUGAUUGAAAAUGAUUUAAAUAUUAUAUAAGGUGAGUAUGUUAAUGAGCACAGAGUAGUUAUUGACACCGUCUCUCUCUUCUUUAUAAAUGAAGAAGCAUUUGUAUAUUCAGGCCCUGUACUCUGGUCUUUUAGAGGCCUGAUCAAUAUUAUACAUGUAUCUGUGGUUCAGUUUGAUUUUAGACUCCUUUCAUAAUCUAGAGCUGUACGUGUCUGAUUUUAAACUGAAUCACUUCUUAAUAGCAUGUUGUUACUAAAAACAUACCAGAAACAUACUAUUACUCUGUUGUGAACAAUCAAUCAUGGUUACUUAAAAUAUCUUUGUGUGAAACUGAAUAUGUACACAGUACGUUUCACUGAUUUAUUAAUUUAUGCGUCUUCAUGUAUUCUGUGUAUUCCUUAUGAUUGGGGCAAGCUGCAAAGCACUUGCCAACAUAUAUAAUGGAGUUUGUCAUUUAAAGUUUAAUUUGUGGUUAAGGGAUUUCAAAUAUUUUGGUUUUGAUGUUAAUCACGUGACUUCAUGUGGAAAUUUGAUUAGAUAUUAUUAUGACUUUGAGUGAUGUUUGAUUUGAGGUAGUUUCUGGUGGUGGUUGUGGUUCCAACGAUUGGCUGUAUCUUUCUUGAACCACAGAAUUUAUCUUUACUUCUUCAAUGUUGAUUUUUUUCAUUUCUUUUUAAAUAUCUCUUUUAUUGGUGACAUAUUUUAUCAUAUUUUUGUCUUGAAUUAUUCUACCUUUUGAAACUGGCUCUUUUUUUGACGGUUGCGUUGAGACCAUUCAUGGAUGACUUGAAUAAAACCUUACAGAAAGACAA